AACCGGAAGCUCAACGGGGGGAAAGAGGGGGGCGCGGGCGAGGCCGCGGGGGCGGGGCCUCCGCGCUACCUCCGCUGCGGACAGAGGCGAGAUGGCGGCCACUGAGGGGGUCGGGGAACCUGCGCAAGACAGCGAUUCUGGUCGGCCGGAGCAGCCCCCGCCGCAGCCGCACCCACCACCGGUCCAGCAGCCGCUGGAGGAAGACAUGGCAGCGGAGGCCGGGGAAGCCGUGGCAUCCCCUACGGAGGAGGGGUUCCUGAACCUGGACUCGCCCACCUAUGUCCUGUACAGGGACAGAGCAGAGUGGGCUGAUAUAGAUCCAGUGCCACAGAAUGAUGGUCCUAAUCCAGUAGUGCAGAUCAUCUAUAGUGAAAAAUUCAGAGAUGUUUAUGAUUAUUUCCGAGCUGUUCUGCAGCGUGAUGAGAGAAGUGAGCGAGCCUUGAAGCUCACUCGGGAUGCCAUUGAGUUAAAUGCAGCCAAUUACACAGUGUGGCAUUUUCGAAGAGUUCUCUUACGGUCACUUCAAAAGGAUCUACAUGAAGAAAUGAACUACAUCACUACAAUAAUUGAGGAACAGCCAAAAAACUAUCAAGUUUGGCAUCAUAGGCGAGUAUUAGUAGAAUGGCUGAAAGAUCCAUCUCAGGAGCUUGAGUUUAUUGCUGAUAUUCUUAAUCAGGAUGCAAAGAAUUACCAUGCCUGGCAGCAUCGACAGUGGGUCAUUCAGGAAUUUAGACUUUGGGAUAAUGAACUACAGUAUGUAGACCAACUUCUCAAAGAGGAUGUGAGAAAUAACUCUGCGUGGAACCAAAGAUACUUUGUCAUUUCUAACACCACUGGCUACAAUGGUCAUGCUGUAUUGGAGAGAGAAGUCCAUUUUGUUUUUUGGUACCAGGGAUUGAACUUGGGAUCUUGGGCUUGUGAGGCAGGCUGCAGAACUGCUGAGCUAAAUUCCCAGCCCUGUUACGUGUUUGAGAUAGCAUCCAGGUACACUCUGGAAAUGAUAAAACUUGUACCACAUAAUGAAAGUGCAUGGAACUAUUUGAAAGGGAUUUUGCAAGAUCGUGGUCUUUCCAAAUAUCCCAACCUACUAAAUCAGUUACUUGAUUUACAACCAAGUCACAGUUCCCCUUACCUAAUUGCCUUUCUUGUGGAUGUCUAUGAAGACAUGUUAGAAAACCAGUGUGACAACAAGGAAGACAUUCUUAAUAAAGCAUUAGAGUUAUGUGAAAUCCUGGCUAAAGAAAAGGACACCAUAAGAAAGGAAUAUUGGAGAUAUAUUGGAAGAUCCCUUCAAAGUAAACACAGCAGAGAAAAUGACCUACCAACAAAUGUACAGCAAUAACACCAUCCAGAAGAACUUGAUGGAAUGCUUUUACUUUUUUAAGGGACUUCGUAAGAAGGAGUUUAAAACUAGAGUGAACAUUCCCUUACCUGUGGUGUAAAAGAUGAAUCACACGGAUACUGAUUUUUAACAAGAACUAAGUGUGAUGUUCCUUCGGUGUUUGCUGCUGUUACUCAUAUUUGCUCUGAGAAAUUUGAUUCUUUUAAAAUGAAGUAAUUGGAGGGGAGAAGGAAUAAAAAAGUCCCAUAAAGGAACCACUACUUUUGUAGUCUUACCAACAUUUAAUCUACUUGCUGUGCAUCACCUAUCCCCUAAAUGGAAUUUGCAUUCGUAAUGACUGCAGGCUACUGUCUGUAGUAGAUUUGAGGUGACUAAAGUUUGGUUCAGUAAGUUGGGGGUCCAGUUAUCCCAUCAGAGCUGCUGUGCCACACUCACAGUAUGUAGCUAUCACUGUAACCAACUAUUGCCAAAACAGUGGUUUUGUAAUAAAAUUACAGAUACAUCUAAAAGCAA